UCACAUUUCCUGGCUAAGGUUGAUUUCUAAGCUGUCACUGUCUGUCUGGAAGGCACAGAUAACACUGAGUUUCACAGGACAUAUUUGUACGGUAUUGGUUUUAUGUAUAUGAACAGUGCGACUGAUAUAUUGAAUGCACAACGGAACGGUUAUUACUGUAAAUAUCUUUGGAUUUAAAGUGUUGAACCUGUGUGACUGAAGUGAUGCAACAUGGCAGCAACUCCUCUCAAUAGGUGUUUACUGUCGGCACUGAGGAGACACAGCCGUGGUCUUCACUCUUUGGCAGAGUGCACAGCCAGCCGGGGGUCCUCUGUUGUGAUAUGCAGCCACAGGAGAGCAGAGGGGAGCAGGGGCUUGGACAGGGUGCCCUCCGUGGAGUGGGACAGGAGCAGUGGUCGGGACAACAGCAGCUCCCCUCUGCUCAGGUCGGUGUCGGUGGGUUUGGGACUCUGGGCUGCGACACUUCUGGACAGUCAAAAAGAUGAAAAAGAGGAGGACGAAAGAGCCUGGAUAUCCGGGCGGGUUUUUGAACUAUUUCUGCCAUCAGCUCAGUGUGCUUCUCCCUUUAAACCUGACAGCCCCCGGUAUAAAUACAACUUUAUUGCAGAUGUCGUCGAAAAGUCCACUCCAGCUGUCGUGUACAUUGAAAUCGUGGGGAGACACCCAUUUUCAGGAAGAGAAGUCCCAGUUUCAAACGGCUCUGGUUUCAUUAUUAGCAGUGAUGGUCUUAUUGUCACCAAUGCUCACGUUGUGGCCAACAAGAGAGGCGUCCGAGUGAAGCUCACCAACGGAGAGAUGUACAAUGCCACGGUGCAAGAUGUUGAUCCAGUGGCAGACAUUGCUACCAUCAAAAUCUCUGCGAGGAAUCCGUUACCCACGCUCACCCUUGGUCGGUCGUCUGAUGUUCGACAAGGAGAGUUUGUGGUAGCCAUGGGAAGCCCGUUCUCUUUACGCAAUACAAUCACGUCAGGAAUCAUCAGCUCAGUACAGAGAGGCAGUAAGGAGCUGGGCCUGUCCAACUCCAACAUGGACUACAUCCAGACAGAUGCAGCCAUAGAUUUUGGAAAUUCUGGAGGUCCCCUGAUUAACUUGGAUGGGGAAGUCAUCGGUAUAAACACCAUGAAAGUCACUGCAGGGAUCUCUUUUGCUAUUCCGUCUGAUCGUGUGACACUUUUUCUUGAUCAAGCAGCAAAAAAGAAGAAUUCGUGGUUCGGUGAAUCGGAGACGAAGCAGCGGUACAUUGGUGUAAUGAUGCUGACACUGACGCCGAACAUCAUUGCAGAGUUGAAGUUGAGAGACCCAUCCUUCCCAGACGUGACACAUGGCAUCUUGAUUCAUAGAGUGAUCAUGGGCUCACCGGCCAACAGAGCUGGCAUGCUACCAGGAGACAUCGUGCUGGAGAUUAACGGAGCGAAGGUGAACACCUCAGAGGAGAUCUACCAGGCCAUCCGUAGCAGCGACAAAAUCACCAUGGUUGUGCAGAGAGGACAGGAGUUACUUCGACUGCAAAUGACUCCAGAGUGCACAGAGUGACACUCACUGCACAAUUUAAUUUCUUAACUUCAUGUUAAAGUGAGGGACAGACGGUCACAUGAUGAGUGUUAGCUCCAGUAUUUGAUUACUUUUGUAAUAUAUGUGAACCUGCCACCCACUAAAGAAAAAGAAUAGUUAUCCACAGGUUUCCACAGGUAUUGAGUACAAUAAACAAAAUGUGUUUUCUACCUCCACAAUAUGCUUCCUCUUAAU